CGCUGGCAACGAUUUACAGCUUGUUCGCCUUGUCGUAUGACCCGACCGAUAUCUGCUGUUUUGCAUUAAACACACAGACUCUUUCUUAUUCGAACAACAACAACACCAACAACAGCAACACCACACGCGAGCAGCGAUGAGGGUCGUGUUUGGAAUGAUCGUGGCCACCCUACUAGCCACCGUCGUCAGCGCCACACUUGAUCAAGACGACGCACUCGCUGCCCUCCUUCCUUCCACGGGCACAUGCACUGAGGCUGCUCAGCAGGGGCUGUGCGGCGCAUUCGCCAAUGCCGUGGCAUUCCUCUGCCAGCAAAGCUGCCAAGGCUACGGGUAUGAGAAUGCGUGCAUGGACCAAGACUUGGCCGUGGAACAGGUGUGGCAAGCUGGCGUCUCAGACUUGGGGGCGCAGGAGCAGAUGACAUGCGAGCGCACCCGCCGCGCACUGCAUUGCAACAUGCAGCCAUUCGCAUCUCUUUGCCCGCAAACGUGCCUGAAGUGCGUCGACAACCAAACACAAGAUGAAUAUGGAGAUGCUGCAAGUGUAGAGGCACUGACGACGUUUGCGUAUCAGGAGGAGCUGAUCAAGCAGGAGAUGCGGCAGGCGAGAUACGAGUGUGCACUGCAGCGCCAAGCGGCCGACUACGACUGCGCAACCCAACAGGAACCCUGCCCGGCCUUCUAAUGCCCCAUAACCUUGCAUGUACACCACAACAGCUUCACCAUCACCUGGAUACGGGCAUUAAACCAAACCGUGCCAAG